CCCCUUUAAGGUUCCAGGUUCCCCCUACAGCUCUCCCUCUCGCGCCGCUAGCAGAGCGAUUGGAUCCGGGCGCGCGCGCACACCCCAGACGCUGUUCCUAAAGGCCGGCCGCCCCCCUCCCUCUUUCUCGGCAUGGAAAGGUGGCUGCUAGGCAGCGCGGGCGCGCGCUCCUCCUUGCUCGCGUUCCUCGUCUUCCUAAUGCUGCAGCUGCGGCUGGGCUCCGGCGCGUGCCCGUGUCGCGAGCCCGAGCUUUGCAAGCCCAUCUCGGGCAGCCGGGACUUCGAGGUUUUGGUAUUUGAUAUAGGUGGGUCAAACUGGAAAUACUACAACUGGACACAUAUUACAACAGUAGCAAUAUUUGGAAAAUAUGAUCCUGAACUUAUGUGUUAUGCUCAUUCAAGAGGAGCCAGAGUCGUUUUAAAAGGAGAUGUAACUGUGACAAAAAUUGUUGACCCUGCCUUCAGAGCAGCUUGGAUAAAUGAGCAGGUAGAAUUGGCCAAAAGGCAGUACAUGGAUGGAAUCAAUAUAGACAUUGAGCAAGAAGUGGCUAAAUCUUCUCCCGAAUACUAUGCAUUGACAGCUUUGGUUAAAGAAACAACAGAUGCUUUUCACAAAGAGAUUCCAGGAUCACAGGUAACCUUUGAUAUAGCUUGGUGUCCAGAUUGUGUGGAUAAAAGAUGUUACAAUUACACUGGGAUUGCAGAGUCAUGUGAUUUUGUGUUCGUGAUGUCUUACGAUGAACAGAGUCAGGUGUGGUCAGACUGCAUAGCAAGAGGCAAUGCUCCAUUCAACCAAACAAUUGCUGGAUAUGAACAAUACAUUAACAUGGGCAUUGACCCAUACAAGAUUGUGAUGGGUGUUCCAUGGUAUGGAUAUGAUUAUACCUGUCUAAGCUUAACCAAGGAUCACAUUUGUUCCAUUGCAAAAGUCCCUUUCCGAGGGGCUCCAUGUAGUGAUGCUGCAGGACGUCAAGUCCCCUAUAAAGGAAUAAUGUCUGAGGAAAAGUCUUCUUUUACUGGGAUCCUGUGGAAUGAUGAAUACAAAGCCCCAUUUUUAGAAUACAAGGCUCCAAAUGGUGUUUUUCAUCAAGUGUGGUUUGAUGAUCCCAGAAGCAUUUCUCUGAAGGCAGCCUAUGUAACAGAGCGUGGCUUGAGGGGUAUCGGUAUGUGGAACGGAGAUUGCCUUAACUACUCAGGAGGUUCUGUCGCACAAGAGCAAACAGAAGCCAUGUGGGAGGCCUUGACCCCAGAUUGGUCUAAUUAGGAAACUUGUUCUUGCUAUGUGCAUCUUUUCACAUAUAUCUUUUCUUAAUUACAUGUUAAUAAUUUUAAUGCAUUAUUGUUAAACUGCCUUUUGCAAAAAGAGCAAAUGAAUGAACAUAAUAAAUAAAGAAAUAUAUUAAAUUAAUCUAAA